AACCCCGUAAGGUAUAAAGAAGUUACAGGGGGGCGUUUUCGGCUUCCAAUUAGGAAUAUGCCGGCUUUGUAGCAACUACCGAGGAGGAGGAUUCUAAAACCACCUCACCCGUCCCAAAGCCCGCAUUCCCCUGCUUCUUCCACGCACCCUUCCCCCAAUUAAUGACCAGGGGACAGAAAAGGGAGCCAGGGCGCGCUCUGCUCCUCUCUGCCGGUGGGAAGCGGAGAGGCCGGCGGAGUUGCUUAGGUGGACCGUAGACAUGAGUACAAUUAAAAGGCAGGCGCCUCCACACCCUUUGCAGCCAUCGAGGACUGAAGUGGCCUGAAAGAGACGCCCGGCUUUCAUGUUCUUCCCAAAGGGGCUCGGAACCGCCUCUAAUACCGCGGGACUGAAGAGCAAUCGUCGGGGAUUAUUAUGUUGAUUUUCCGAAGACCCGGGUUCGCAGCGCGGAACAGAAGGAAAAGCUGGCUCUUCGGGUGUCCCGCCGGCAUUUGAUACACAGAAACUCCUAAGAUUGGCCAGAUUGCCCUGGAUCAGCGACUUUUCCUAUACUCGCAUCCCGUGUUGUUAAAGAAAAAUAUUCUGUUCGCCGCGUUGGUCUUUUACCACUAUCAGUGAUACACUGAAGCAAAUACUUCAGCCUCUUCAUUCAACGUAUGCUUUAUUCUUUUGCCAAAAUGACCUCUAAUUGAAAGUUUAUUUUUGGUUUUGGAUGAAUCUGUGGAGCUUAUGUUUUAAGAAGAAAGGGGGAACGAGACACAAUGAAAGAGAAGUCCAAAAAUGCUGCCCGGACUAGGAGGGAGAAGGAAAACAGUGAAUUUUAUGAACUGGCUAAAUUACUGCCUUUGCCCUCGGCUAUCACCUCGCAGCUGGACAAAGCAUCCAUAAUCAGACUCACGACCAGCUAUCUCAAAAUGAGAGUAGUGUUCCCAGAAGGGCUCGGCGAGGCCUGGGGCCAUUCGAGUCGGACCAGCCCCUUGGACAACGUUGGCCGUGAAUUGGGCUCGCAUCUGCUCCAGACCCUGGAUGGUUUCAUCUUUGUGGUGGCCCCAGAUGGGAAGAUCAUGUACAUUUCGGAGACAGCCUCAGUCCACCUGGGACUUUCUCAGGUAGAACUGACCGGGAACAGCAUUUACGAAUACAUCCACCCCGCGGACCACGACGAGAUGACAGCGGUGCUCACGGCCCAUCAGCCCUACCACUCUCACUUUGUCCAGGAGUACGAGAUCGAGCGGUCCUUCUUUCUGAGGAUGAAGUGCGUCUUGGCCAAGAGGAACGCCGGCCUCACCUGCGGCGGCUACAAGGUCAUUCAUUGCAGCGGCUACCUGAAGAUCCGCCAGUACAGCCUGGACAUGUCUCCCUUCGAUGGCUGCUACCAGAACGUGGGCCUGGUGGCCGUGGGCCACUCGCUGCCGCCCAGCGCUGUCACGGAGAUCAAGCUGCAUAGCAACAUGUUCAUGUUCCGCGCCAGCCUGGACAUGAAGCUCAUCUUCCUGGACUCCAGAGUGGCGGAGCUGACGGGGUACGAACCUCAGGACCUGAUUGAGAAGACUCUGUACCACCACGUGCACGGCUGCGACACUUUCCACCUGCGCUGCGCCCACCACCUGUUGCUGGUGAAGGGGCAGGUGACCACCAAGUACUACAGGUUCCUGGCGAAGCACGGCGGCUGGGUAUGGGUGCAGAGCUAUGCGACCAUCGUGCACAACAGCCGCUCGUCCAGGCCACACUGUAUCGUCAGUGUCAACUAUGUUCUCACGGACACGGAGUACAAAGGGUUGCAGCUCUCCCUGGAUCAGAUCUCAGCCUCCAAACCAACCUUCUCCUACACCAGCAGCUCCACUCCUACCAUGCCUGACAACAGGAAGGGGGCCAAGUCCAGACUCUCAAGUUCAAAGUCAAAAUCCAGGACUUCCCCGUACCCUCAGUAUUCGGGGUUUCACACGGAAAGAUCGGAAUCUGAUCACGACAGCCAGUGGGGCGGAAGCCCCCUGACCGACACAGCCUCUCCGCAGCUCCUGGACCCCGCGGCGGACAGGCCAGGAUCUCAGCACGACGCUUCCUGCGCCUACAGACAGUUCUCGGACCGCAGCUCGCUGUGCUACGGCUUUGCGCUCGACCACUCCCGGCUGGUGGAGGAGAGGCAUUUCCACACCCAGGCUUGCGAGGGAGGCCGGUGUGAGGCCGGCAGGUACUUCCUGGGAACGCCGCAGGCCGGGAGGGAGCCGUGGUGGGGCUCUCGCGCUGCUUUGCCCCUGACCAAGGCCUCCCCAGAAAGCCGAGAAGCCUAUGAAAACAGCCUGCCUCACAUCGCUGCCGUCCAUAGGAUCCACGGGCGAGGUCAUUGGGAUGAAGACAGUGUGGUCAGUUCUCCAGAUCCUGGGUCUGCCAGCGAAUCAGGUGACCGAUAUCGCACUGAGCAGUAUCAAAGUAGCCCACAUGAACCUAGCAAAAUUGAAACUCUGAUAAGAGCCACCCAGCAAAUGAUUAAAGAAGAAGAGAACAGAUUGCAGCUAAGGAAAGCCCCUCCAGACCAACUGGCUUCCAUUAAUGGAGCUGGGAAAAAACACUCCCUCUGUUUUGCAAACUACCAACAGCCACCCCCGACAGGCGAAGUCUGCCAUGGCUCCACUCUUGCCAACACUUCACCAUGUGACCAUAUUCAGCAGAGAGAGGGAAAGAUGCUGAGCCCCCAUGAAAAUGACUAUGACAACAGUCCCACUGCACUGUCUCGGAUAAGUAGUCCCAAUUCGGAUCGCAUUUCCAAAUCCAGUUUGGUCCUAGCUAAAGACUAUCUCCAUUCGGAUAUGUCUCCUCAUCAGACAGCAGGAGACCAUCCUGCUGUCUCUCCAAACUGCUUUGGCUCUCACCGGCAGUAUUUUGAUAAGCAUGCUUACACGUUAACUGGAUAUGCCCUGGAGCACUUAUAUGACAGUGAAACCAUUAGAAACUAUUCCUUGGGCUGUAAUGGCUCACACUUUGAUGUAACUUCCCAUCUAAGGAUGCAGCCAGACCCAGCACAAGGACACAAGGGAACAUCUGUUAUAAUAACCAAUGGAAGCUGAUGUUUUUCCAAAAUAUUUUGUUCUUGAAGGUCUGAGACAUAUUUAUAGUUUAAUGCCCCGUGACCAGCAUUUACUAUGCUACAGAUUGUUAGAGAGGAUAAUUUAAGUUACUGGGUAUUUGACAUGUGUUCCUUUGAAAUCAAAGAAAACAGCACUAGCAUUCAAGGUUAUAUACAGAUAAUGGAGUUAAAGUGAAUACGCAAAUUUCCCCUCUAACCAGAAUAGAUAAAUUUUGAAUUCAGAAAUACUCACAUAGAUUAAGUGAGCAUCUAUAGCACAUGAAAGACUGAUGGAUCCCAAUGUGACGUUGUGAUGAUCCAGUGAGUCUCAUACUCACAGACUGCUAUCUACGCUUUACGUGCAGAAAUACAGACGAUGGACCAUAAAUACACCCCACGUGGAUAACUUUCCUUAAACCUGGCACAUUAAGAUUCCUAAAGAAAUUUCCAUUCCCAAAAUAACUAAGAAAGAGAUACGUCUUAUAAACUGGUUUCUUCUUUGUGGUUUUAACCAGCCAGCUCAUUUGGUUCAGAUAUAAAUUAGGGAAAUGGUUCUGGAUAUUAUAAAAAUGAGUUUUCACCUGGUAUCCAUUAUAAGCAAUCAGGAAGUGGUGAUUUUUUUUUUUUUAAACCUUGCUUUUGAGUUAGACAAGGAACAGGAUCACAUUGACAUAUCAGUAAGGGUUUUUCUAAAGUGAAAGUACUGAUAUGUUGGGACACACAUCAAAAACCUGGUGUGCCCAAUUGGAAAUAGUUUAGUGAAGAUGGAAAGGAUAGAGGCAGAGAGAAAUGAAAUAACAUCUCAAAACAAACAAAGCUCAGAAUAUGUAAUGAACAUAUUUUUGGGUCCAUGAAACCAACCAAAUAAAAAAUUCAAACCAAUUCACAAAGAAAAAAGGCUAAUAAGUGCAAAAACAAACUAAGUAAAACCAGUGAAGUGCUACAUGACAGCAGUGUAAGUAUUUGAAAACGUUUCAAAGCACAGAUGUGCAAAUGUGACAACAUGUGGAAAGCCUCAGGAGAGAGUCUAAGAUAAAAGCUUAGGCUUGAUAGACAAGAGAUUCAAAGGGCAAGAGUAGUACCUCGAUUGAAGGAACAGGCGAAGUGUUCAUUUUCCUUAUUGUUUGUAAGCAACAAAAACAACAACUUGGUCAUGUGAAACAGAAAGACUAGCAAACUCGAUGCCAGGAUGUCUGGGUUCUGGUUUUGACCCUGCCUGUAACUUAUUUUUGGAACAUUGAUGUAUCAGUCACCAUGCCUAGGCCCUAGUUUCUUCAGCUGUAUGGCAGUUUUAACAUUCCGUGGUUCUGUGGUUCAUUGGUUUGGCAGAGCUGAACUUGUUAACCAGUUAACUCUCUGCUGUGAGUUUUCAAGACUGAUCAUUCUGGCUUUCUGUACUCAUAGAGGUCUAGAUGCUUUGUAACUUAAGCAGGUGCAUGGGCUUUUUUAGGCAUGUAUAGUUACAGACAACUUUCUAGUUCAGCCAAAAUAUAGAUGGUAGAAACUAA